AUGAUGAGUACCGACCGAGACAACGUACUCGAACAGCAAAGGCCUGCGUACAAUGCACUAUCUCCAAAACGAAGUGCUCCGAUGAACGCCCAUGUCAAAGAUGUCGAGAUCGAGGCCAACCCUGUGGUUCGGAACCUGAAGCAUCCAGUCCCAUAUUCCAAGGAUCAUCGACGCAGUCUGACUCUACCGACAGACACCACCACGAUCCGGCUCCAAGCUCUUUGGAACUUUGGACCCACCGUCCGAAUCGCAAUAAUGCGUUGA